CUCUCUCAGAAAACCCUAAACCCUAAUCUCAUCUCUCUCUCUCUCUCUCUCUCUCUCUCUCUCUUUCUCGCUAGCUCGCUGUCUAUUCCCUUUGGCGGCGACAUGGGCGCGAAGGCAAAGAAAGCCCUGAAGAAGAAGCUGCAGAAGAUUUCCUCUUCCUCCUCCUCCUCUCAGCUCGCUGGUUCCGGGAACCAGAAAGAAUCGGCUGAUUUUUUGCCAUUGGAAGGCGGUUCUGCUCGCAAAGCUCCUGAAACCAAGCCUCUAGAACACAAAGCCACGGUUAUAUACAUCGGUCGAAUUCCACAUGGGUUUUAUGAGAAUGAGAUGGAAGCUUUCUUUAAGCAAUUUGGGACGAUUAAGAGGCUCAGAAUUGCCAGGAACAAGAAGACUGGGAAAUCGAGGCAUUUUGGGUUCAUUGAGUUUGAAGAUCCUGAGGUGGCAGAAGUUGUAGCGGAUUGCAUGCAUAAUUACUUGUUGCUUGAGCAUCUUCUGCAAGUCCAUCUCAUCCCGCCAGAGCACGUUAAGCCUAAAUUGUGGAGAGGGUUUAAUUAUCGACACAAACCAGUAGACAGGGUUCAGAUUGAAAGAAAAUAUCACAACAAGGAAAGGACACUGGAGGAACACAAGAAAAUGGUGGCGAAGAUUUUGAAACGAGAUCAGAAGCGGAGAAAGAGAAUAGAGGCUGCUGGAAUAGACUAUGAAUGCCCAGAGAUUGUAGGGAGUGUCCAACCAGCUCCAAAGAAGAUCAGGUUUGGUGAUGAAGACUAAAUGACAGUGUCUGCAACAUUGGUCUGAGAAGUUUUGGUGAGCUCACCGAUGGGUUUAGGACAAGAAGAUUAAAAAAAACAAACACUACAUUUCUUAGCUUUUGCUAUGAAAUUCUACUUGAAUGGAUCUCAGAUUCUCUCUAUAGUGUCAACAUACUUUCUGGGUACA